UAAUCAGAAACACUCUCUGAGUUGCCCGGAAAAGGUUCCAGGACAGCGUAUCCUGCGGAUUCCAGAGCAUUAACACAGUCCAAGCACACCGCGAAGCCUGAGAGGAGGAUUCCUUUAAGCCCUCGGCAGCAGCCCGAGCUUUCCGGGGGUCCCAAAUGGCGUCCCCAAAAAAAUGGCACCCCCUGGCUUCAACCCUGUGUUUGUGGAAGAUGGAGGUGCGGCCGCAGCUGUCCCCGAGCCGAGACAUGCAGCCGCCGCUUCCGCCGUACGAGGUGCUGCCGACGGAGGUGAGCAUGGAGGAGAUGCCCCGGAGCACGACGGUGAUGGUGGAAGAGACGCAGCAGCAGCAGUCGCCGCCGCCCCGGGACCACCUGGUGUGGUCCCUGUUCACCACCCUGUACGGCAAUUUCUGCUGCCUCGGCCUCCUGGCGUUCGUCUUCUCCGUCAAGUCCAGGGACCGCAAAGUGCUGGGUGACUUCAGCGGGGCCCUGAGCUACGGCUCCACUGCCAAGUAUCUGAACAUCACAGCCCUGGUGAUCAACAUCGUCAUCGUCGUCAUCGUCAUUGUCGUUGUCUCCCUGGUCGCCGCCGGGGUCUUCAGGCAAUACCAAUCGCACUACCAACCUCCCUACGGGUACGGGUACGGCCGCACUUAAGUGCCUGCCCUCCUCGCCCGCGGGCUGUGCUUCCCUCCCCGGCGCCAGCCCGGGGUCGGAGCCACAAUCCACGACAAUCCACGUGCUUCACCCGGAGCCUGCUGCUCUCCUGUCCCUCCACCCUCCCCACACGGAGCUUUUGUGGAGGCCCUGCUGGUGGCUGCCCUCGCUGGAGCUGUCUGGGGAUGGACACGGCUCCCCAGAGAGCAGCUGAGCACCCCAACCCUGCCACAGCCUGCUUGCUGCUUGGCUCUGGGCCUGGAGCCCCAACUGCCUCAAAACAAUUCUGGGGAGAAGCACCUGGUUCAGAGAAAGCCUGCUCCCUGAAAUAAAGGUUUCUUUCACUUUU